AUAUAUUUAUUUUUACAUUAUUUAUUCUUCGAGUAUUUGUGAUAUACGCAUAUAUUAAUAAUAACAGUGAUAUAACGUAACCAUUAAGAAAUAAUAAUUUAUUAUUAAUUCAACAAGGUCCAGUCAACUGAUCACGUGAUCUCAUUAUUGUCGCAGUGGUAAAGAUCAUAGUGACCACACGUAAAACAAGUUUUCUAUUUUCCACAAUUUACUGUUUUACCAGUAAUUAAAGUAUUUUUGUUCUACUAGAAUGUUGACGGAAAUGUCAUAGAAUAUUUUUAUCAUAUUUGUAAAUAGAAAAAUAUAGAUGCAAAGGUUCCGUUGCCAUAUUACCACAUAUACGUAUCUGUCAGUUCCGAUUCAGUGUACAAUUUCUCUCACAGCAUCACAUAGUAUCAGUAAGUUAGAUGUUUAUCAAUGAAAUUGUAUUUCAUUAUGCCAAUAUUUACUGUUGUUUCUUUCACUUGAGAUAAAAACGCUAUUCUUUGAUGCUUUUUAACAUAAUAAGUUCAAUGCAAGAAAUGUACCAUCGAAAACACUGAAUGCAUCUCUUCGGUUAGAAGACAGUUCGGAAAAAAAAGGCAAUUGUUAAAUUUAAUUCUAUUUAUCGCACAUGACAAAGCAAAACUUUGGAGGCAGUGGUUAUUCGAAACAUUUUUGAAUCCAUAAAUUCCUAUGCUACAAUAAGUAUGCUAAAAGUUAACACAUUUUAUACGAGGGUGUUGUCUCGUCACGCAGAGGAUAUAAGUAAAAGCAUCGACAACACGCAUUUAUAGCGUCAUCGAAAAGUGAUGAGAAAAUAUGCUUAUAUACAAGUUUAUAAUCACUAUAUAUGAACAAGUGAUCUACGAUUGGUGUGCCCUUGUUAAAGAAAUAUUUCGUGUGCUAAUAAGGUUAGAAACGGUACACCAGUCAUGAAGAGUCCUGUGUCUCAACACUUAAAUGGAAAUAGUCAUUCAAUUUCAUCACAGAAUGUGUCUCCAUGUAUUGUGUCCCGUUAUGGGAACACAUCCAAUAAUUACCAGGUACUGAAAGUAUCUGGGAAAGAUUCCAACUGUUACAUUGCUAAUAAUAUUAUUCCAAAAAUUGGGAAACAACAGUUGGUGUCAUUGAAUGGAGAUUCUAUAUCCUGUAAUAGUGUUAACAUUAAUGAAGCUUUGGCAUGUGAUGUGGCUUCAGUGCCUGUUGUAAAAACUAAAGCACUAUGCGUCCAUAUUCGUGAAAAUAAAUGGUAUGAUGCUGGCAAUGUGGUUUCUGUGGGAGUUGCAGGAACUAGUUUAAAUCAUGCAUUGGAGAGUAUGUCCUUAGCUUAUAAUCCUACUACGAAACAAUUAUAUUCUUUAGAAGAGGUGAAUGUUUCUAAUGAUGCACAGUUGGAUUGUAAAUCUCAACAUUCAAAUUCUCCUUGUGACCAAAAAGAAGAAUCCUUAAAUGGAAUUUCCAAAGCUGAGGAAGAUAAGUAUAUCAGAUUUGAGAGUGGCAGUGCAAAUAGUAGCCCUAGAAACAGUUUACCACGUUCUUGUAGUAGUACUGUGUCUUCCCUUAGUGAAGUUUCUCCCACUGGUAGUUUCUUGAGUUCCGAUGAACAAGUUCCAGAGAAAAUUGAAAAAUCUAAGCGUUGGGGAUUGAAUACAAUUUUUUCAAAGAAUGUUUUCUCAUGGAAGAACAAAGAUUCUCAACAGUCUACGCCGACAAGUAGUCCAUCGAGAAAUGUAGAUAAGGUAGGAGGAAGUUUAGCCCUAAUUCAACAGCCCAGACCAGCGAAUCUACCAGCGAAGAAUGCGGUUGAGGAGGAACGUCAUCGUAAGCAAUAUAAUGCUAUUCUAGAGGCAGCGAGAAAGCGAGAAUUGAGAGAAGAGAAAGAGCGCAAACAACAAAGGGAAUUGCAAUUGAAAGAAGAAGAACGAUUGGCAGAAGAUUCACACACUUGGAAUGCACAAGUACUUACUAAAUUUGAAAGUGUUAAGAAUACAAAAAAAGUACGUGAAUUGUGGUGGCGUGGUCUACCACCCAGUGUUCGUGGUAAAGUGUGGAAGUUGGCAAUUCCAAAUGAUUUAAAUAUAACAACACAUCUAUACAACAUAUGUUUGGACAGAGCAAUGAUGAAUCCUGUAAGCGACACGCUAGCUGCAAUCAAAUUAGAUGUAUCUCGUACCUUUCCUACCUUAUGUGUCUUUCAAGAAGGCGGACCAUUAUCUGAUAGUCUUCAAGGUAUUUUAGCAGCCUAUGCUGUGUAUAGGCCUGAUGUAGGUUACGUGCAAGGUAUGAGUUUUGUGGGUGCUAUAUUAUCAUUAAACAUGGAACCUCCAGAUGCCUUUAUUUGCUUUGCUAAUUUAUUAAAUCAUCCUUGUCACAGGGCUGCUUUUACGUUAGACCAAAAACAAAUGGAAAUUUAUUACAAGGUAUAUUCUAGUGCACUUGCACAUAAGCUGCCAAAAGUCUUUUCUCAUUUCACAGAAGCUGGUCUUAGUCCAGAUUUAUAUCUGUUGGAUUGGUUGUACACCAUAUAUGCGAAAGCAAUGCCUCUGGAUGUUGCAUGUAGAAUCUGGGAUGUAUUUCUCAGAGAUGGAGAUGAGUUCCUUUUUAGAACAGCACUUGGUGUGUUACACUUAUAUCAGGAAGAAUUAUUAAAAAUGGAUUUUGUACACGGAGCACAAUUUCUUACUAGGUUGCCAGAAAAUUUGCAGGCAGAAGCUUUAUUCAACAGUAUUAGUCAAAUGUCUACUACUGUUGGAACAACAACGUUCCAGCAAAUGUUAGUUCAAUUUUCUUCAUUGUGAUUUUGUGAAUUAUAAUGAAGAAUGUAGAAGGAGGUAGCCAGAUUUAAAAGAAUGAAUCUCAAAUACUAUUUUUAUUAUUAUAAACAACAAACAAUAUUUUUUAUGCUGAACAUCUAACUAUUAUUUGUAUAGGUUUUAAUGAAGUAAACUUUUCAUGAAUUUUAUUUCACUUUAAAACACAGUUCGAAGAUAUAUAUGUUUUUUUAAUUAUUGUAGAUAAAUGUUAAAGAUCUGUCUCAAUGAAAAUUUAUUAAGUAAUAGCAUCAAGUUUGACCCUUUAGUUAUUUAAAUUUACAUAGCGUUUAUUUCUUUUGUUACAUUUUAUUGUAUGUGAAAUUAAUGUGCUGAGAGAUGUGAUAUCUGUUUAAUAUAUUUAAGAUAUAUAAAGGCAAGAGCUUCCCACAAAACUAUAAAAAAAUAUGUUUCAAUAAUUUAAUUAUGUAAUAAAUGAGGAAUGCAAAGAUAUUCUGCUACUGAAUGAAAGAAGUUAAAAGUAAUAUGUUGAAAUACAAUAUCUGACAUAAAUUUGAUAUAAAUAUAUAUAAAUAUAUAUAUACAUAUAU